AUGAAUGCAAUUGUGUCUCUUGUACACUUUUGUGAGGUUCAUGGACCAAGUGUAAUUUUUUGUACACAGGCCUUUCAUGCAAAAGAUACUUCAGAUCAUCUUUCUGUUAGUAGUGAAAGAAAUUCUUUAGUAGUCCAACCACAUUUGGAUAAUUCUAAAGAAACAUUAUCGAAUAAAAAAGAACCUUCUAUAAAUUCCAAUAGACCUGCACCAGCAUCUUGUGCGUCAUGUGCAUUUUCAUUGCCCCCCUUGGAUGCAUUAGGUGAUGCAAAGCCGAUACAUAAUUCUGAAAUAAAAGGUUUCAAAACUCAAGACGAAGAAAAUCCUUUGGUAACUUAUAAGGGUUCCCGAUAUCCACAAGAACAACAACUAUAUGCUGCAUUAAGACAAGCAUGUGUGAGAAGAGAAGGGUCUGUUUUGUUUGGUGAUAAUAAAAGUGGUUAUGUCCUGAGCUACAUGUUCAAAAUUAAAGAUAGUCAGGCAAGAGGUUUUCAUAGAUGGUACAGCUUUAUAUUUUUAAUGACAGAUAGAGUAUAUCUUGUUGAGUCCUGGCCAUUGAUAGUUAGUAAGUUUCGUAUGAUUGCAACAGAAAUUCAAUCGAAAGCAAAUUUGGUUUUCGAAAAAGAGGAUGCAGCAAAGGAGGACAGAAACGAUGGGACAUUUUUGACACGUUCCGGACCACUUCCUCCUACAUCGCCAGCUUGCGGCAGACGUUUACAAGAAGGGCAUGUAAAUGAUCAAACACUGUUUCCGAGUUCUGUGUUCUCACCAAAGACGAUAAUGUUACUUGAUCCCAUGACAACUUACCAACCCCCGCCUUUUGGUUUAAAUGGUUUGAAAGGAGAUUAUGAAGUCAUGAUUGGGGAUUUGAAAACUUUACAAAGUAUUUUGGGUUUAAAUGCUUUUAGAAAACUAAUUUUGAAUUUUGUCAAGGGUAAUCAAUUAGUAUUCAGAGGAAAUGACCCGAUAAUUAUGCGAUGUAUUAUUAAUGUAUUGAAGGAUUUAGUUCCAAGUGAAUGUUGUUCAAUAGUGGAAAAUGAAAAUAAUUAUCAACCCAUAACAAAAUGUAAUAUUCUCGGGCUAAAUGCAACAGCACAAAUACCAAAUCAUAUAAACAAGUCAACUCUGUACUGUGAUAAACCACUUAAAGAUGAUAAGACCGUAAUGAAUACAUUCAAGUUUAAUAUACAGUAUGGUAUUGAUGAUAACCGUAAUCAUUCUGCACCCAAUUCAUUUAUAAAUCAAUUGGCAGGAAUUUUGAAAUUAAAUUUGCCAAAUGAAUUAAUGAAUACUAGAUUAAUGAUCUUUAAAGAACAAUGGUCAUGUAAAGCAAAGCAGUUUCUCCGAUUUGUUACAGGAAAUGUUUAUGGAGGGAAUGUCUUACCAAAUAUUGAUUUGAAUAAACAAAUAGAAUUUAUUAAACGAAUUGAUAUAAACGAAAAUGAUUUACCAAUUGUGAAAUUUUGGACAGGACAUUUAACGACUAAAUGA